AUGGCAACAAAGGUAGCAGCUAAGAAGUUCAAAUGGGCGCUGGAUUUCAACACCAACAGCGGUUCUGAUAUUGCCGCGCCGCCUGGUUACAAUCCGUCGGCUGAUGUGAUCAGCAGCAAGGUGGUGAACCAAACCGAUCAAAGUCACCUAAUCCUGAAGAAAUCGUGGGAGAUUGCCCUUGGACCUAUCAAGCAGUUCCCGAUGAACCUGGUAAUCAUGUAUAUGUCGGGCAACUCGAUCAGUAUCUUCCCUAUCAUGAUGGUGGUGAUGAUGUUCAUCCGGCCGAUCAAAAUGAUACUUUCGACGCAUUCCACAUUUAAAGUGAUUGAAGGUAUCUCUGCCACCGGUCAAAAGCUCGUAUUUCUGCUUGGUAACCUCGUCAACAUCGGUCUGGCUUUGUACAAGUGUCACAGCAUGGGCCUCCUUCCAACGCAUGCGUCCGAUUGGUUAGCCUUCGUCGAACCGCAGAAAAGAUUGGAAUACUCCGGCGGAGGUAUCUCGUUACUUUGAGCCGAAA